AUGUGUCUCUUCCCCCAUACAAAUCUGUCAUCGCCCAAAGAGAAUGUCUGGGUCCAGUAUGGUUGGUCAUUCAUUUUAAACAGAGUCAUCGUCCUAUACAAGAACAACUAUAUAGAUACGGAGCAUGAUGUAACAUCAACCUUUGUCAAGAAGGUGUUUUCCUCUUGGGAUUUCACCAUCACAGAGAGGAAAGCUGCAAAUAUUAAACACAGGAGUAUUUAUAAUGAACUCACAGAGUUGCUUCAGGAACUGCAAUGUGAAGACAUUGAUGAACAUCUCUGUACCAGGAUUGUAUGGUUCACUGUCAAACUUGGCUUUUGGGCUUUGAUCAUAGGAUUCCUAGCACUAAUGGGCUGGGCCAUGUACUUCAUGCUUUAUGAAGAUAUUCCUUCAAGUGUGGAGGGUAGUGGUAUGCAUCUACUUGUAUAUCCCUUGAUUGUAACAGUUAUCAUGAUCAUUGUUCCUGCAUUGUUUGAAGGCCUGGUCAACAUUGAGGGAUACAAGAUUCCAAGACAUAGACUUUAUGUGACCCUAAUAAG